AUGUACGGCAUCCUGACCUCCCCCUGCCCUCGGUCCCCGCUUCUCCGCGCCCUCCCGAGCCCAUCCGCCCGCGCAUUCCCCAGAACCCUAGCCUUCCCCGCGAGACCCCUCCCCCGCGGCUUCCGCCUGACCCCUCCGCGCGCUGCCGCGGAGGCGUCGGCGUCGGCGGCAGCCACGGCGCUGGGCGGGCUGCUGGCGUCGCCGCUCUCGACGCUGGAGGCCGCCCUGCGGGGCCUCAACUUCGCGCCCCUUCGCGCCCCCGUGGCGGCGGCGAUGUCGGCGGCCGUGCGGUGGCUGGGAGUGUACCGGGAGGUGCUGCUCGUCGGCGUGCUGCUCUCCUGGUUCCCCAACAUCCCCUGGGACCGCCAGCCCUUCUCGGCCCUGCGCGACCUCUGCGACCCCUUCCUCGCCCUCUGCCGUGAGGUCAUGCCCCCUGUGUUCGGGCGCAAGCUCGACCUCAGCCCGCUUGUUGCGUUCAUGGCUAUUGACAUCAUCAUCAUGAUCCUGCGCCCGCAGCCACGCAUGUGA